AUGAGCGAACUUCUUAUAAGAUCAAAGAGUGGUGUUAAAUUAUAUGAGUUUAAGAAAUUAGAAAAUUUGUAUGAAAGUAACAUUAUAUUUGAAUAUGAUGGAUGUAUACAUGAUGCAAUAUGGUCAUAUGACGGUAAUUCUUUUUUACUUUUACAUUCAAUAGAAGGUUUAUUAUUAAUUAGUAAUUAUGAAGAGAAAAAAAAAAGAAAGAUUGAAAAGAUUGCUUGUAUAGGUAAAUAUAAGGAAUUGUUUGAUGAUGAAAAUAUAAAAUUAAUUAAACAUGUUCAGUGGUCACCUAAUAAUAGAUUUAUAGUUUUUUUUUUUUCAUAUGAAGAAGAGAAACAUAAUAGAUUAGGGAAUUUGUUAGUAUGGAAUGUAAAAGAUAAAAAUAUUUUAUGUUCUUUUAAAAUAAAAAAAAAGAGUUGUAGUAAUUGGCCCGUAAUUAAUUUUACGAAUGAUGAUAAUUAUUUCUUUUUACAAAAAAAAACAGAUAUUUAUAUAUACGACACAUUAAAAUUAAUACAAGAUCAUGAUAAUAUAACAUAUCUUCAUAAUAAUGAUAUACCAUUAAAUUAUAUCUAUACGUGGAAUCAGCCAAACGUGUUAGCAAUAUAUAUGUCAUCUUAUAUGAGUGAUGAUAAAUGUCGAUUUUUUAUAGUACAUACGAAAAAUAAUUUUCUGGGGGAUGUGUAUAUAUUUAAAAUUAAAGGAUUGAACAAUAGUAAAAUUGUUAGUUAUAAUGUUAGAGAGGAUAAAGAGAAGGCCGACGAAAUGAAUGUAGAUGGAAAAAAUGUAAAUGUCAAAAAUGUAGAUGGAAAAAAUGUAGAUGGCAAAAAUGUAGAUGGAAAAAAUGUAGAUGGCAAAAAUGUAGAUGAAAAAUAUGUAAAUGUCAAAAAUGUAGAUGAAAAAUAUGUAAAUGUCAAAAAUGUAGAUGAAAAAUAUGUAAAUGUCAAAAAUGUAGAUGGCAAAAAUGUAAAUGACGUAGGAGGAGAGAUUAAUGUAGAUAACAAUGUAUCAUAUAAAAAUGAUCCUUCAUGUGUUGAAAAAAUAAAAAUUGAAUUACUUAUUAGAAAAAGCUUCGAUAAUUUAGAUACCCUAACGUGCCUGUGGUCAAUUAGUGGUCAAUAUUUAAUAUUUUUAGUAAAUACAAAUGAUACUACAAAUAAAUCUUAUGGAUAUUUAAGCAAUUGUUAUUUUUGCUCCUUAGUUUCAAAAAAUAUACAUAUAAAAAGAAUUAACGAACAGGUUGCUCAAGAUGUGAAAUGGAGUAAUAUAAGAGAUGAAUUUUUAAUUAUAGAAGGCAAGUCAGAUAAUAUCAUUUUAUUAUAUGAUCAUGAUUUAAAUGUAAAAUGUAAAAUUUAUUCACAAUAUAAAAAUACCAUAAAAUGGGGACCUUUUGGAAAUAUGAUUGCUUUAGGUGGUUUUGGUAAUCUAGCAGGAGAUAUUAAUUUUUAUUAUAAAGAAGUAGAUAAUAGUGUAUCCAUAAUUAAAAAAUAUAGAGAAGCGUGUACUGUUCUUUGUGAUUGGUCCUAUGAUGGUACAUUAUUUAUGACAGCUUCAACAUAUCCAAGAAUGAAAGUAGAAAAUGUUUUUAAAAUAUAUACUUAUGAAGGUACCUUAGUUAAUAGUUAUAAUUUUAAUGAAUUGUAUGAUGUCAAAUGGAAAAAUGUUUUACCAGGUUUCUUUAAGCAACCACCAAAACCUCAGCCAAACUUAUUAGAUAGUUCUAAUAAAAAAAGUGUAUACAAAAUAAAGAACCUUGAUCAUCUUUUGAAUAGUACUCAGAAUAAUACAAUCAUAAAUAAUAAUAAUAAUAAUAAUAAUAAUAUGAAUGGAAUAAAUAAUAAUAUUCCUAUGAAUAGUAUAAAUAAUAAUAUUCCUAUGAAUAGUAUAAAUAAUAAUAUUCCUAUGAAUAGUAUAAAUAAUAAUAUUCAUAUGAAUAGCAUAAAUAAUAUUAACGUUGGAAUGUCUUAUGUAAACAACAUGAACAAUAAAAUGAUGAACAAUAAUAAUAAUAAUAACCUUACAAAUCCUACUAGUUAUUCAUUUGAUGUAUAUGAUGAAAAUAAUGUAAAUGUAAAUAUAAAUGAAGUACUUGAAAAGGAUAAGACAAAAACAAACAAAGGUAUGGCCGGUACAACCAGCACAUCGUUAUCUAAUUUAACAAGCAAUUUGUUAAACGGCCAUAGGAAAAAAAAAACGGAGAAAGUAAAAAAUGCUUACGACUGGGAUGUUGAUUGGAGGAAAAAAAAAAGCAUGGGUAUCAUGAAUAGUGUGAUGAACACAAAUAAUGUGAUGAACAUGAAUAAUAUGAUGAACAUGAAUAAUGUGAUGAAUACGAAUAAUAUGAUGAACAUGAAUAAUGUGAUGAAUACGAAUAAUAUGAUGAACAUGAAUAAUGUGAUGAACAUGAAUAAUAUUAUAAACACAAAUAAUAUUAUAAACACAAAUAAUAUUAUAAACACAAAUAAUAUCGAUAUGAAUCAACGAGACGACUAUAUCCCCAAUGAACAAACCACACAAGAUGACAAAAAUCAGACGCUUAAAAACGAUAAAAUUUUGAAUAGUAACCUAAACAGUAGUAAUAAAAAUAUAAACGUAAUGUUGGACAACAUCAAAAGUAGAGAUAAUUCUGAGAACGGAAUAAUAAUCUUACAAAAUAAGUUAAACAAUUAUCAUGACAAGGCUAAUAUAAAUGAUAAUAUGAAUAAGGAUGAACAUGUUGAAGAAAAGAAGAAACAAAAAAAAAAAAAAAAAGAAAAGGAAAAAAAAGAAGAAAAGGAAAAAAAAGAAGACCACGAAAAGGGAAAGGAUAAAGAUAAAAAAGAAGACCACGAAAAGGGAAAGGAUAAAGAUAAAAAAGAAGACCACGAAAAGGGAAAAGAUAAAGAAAAAGAUAAAGAUAAAGAUAUUAAUAAUGAGCAAUAUAACACAUCUGAGCAACCCAUUCAAAUAAAUAAUAACCAUAUGAAUGAUGUCAAUAUUAAUGAUGAUGAUAAAUUAUAUAGCAACUCCAAACAUACAAAAGAACAAAGUAAGUUACAAGAGAUGGGACAUAUAAAAACUAUAUCUUUAGACGACAUAAAUAAAAAUAAAGGAAAAGAUAAUCAAACAAAUGAAAUAAAAAAAGAUAUAAAGGAUAAGGAAAAAAACACAGAAAUGGUUGAUAGUAAUAUGAAUGACGAAAAAGAUCAAGAUAAAAAAAAAAAGAAGGAAAAUAAAAAUAAAAAAUCAAAAAAGAAAAAGAAUGAUAAUAAUAAUGUGGAUGGUGUAUAUAAUGAUAAUGUACCCAAGGACAAGACAUACAAUGAUAACAAUAAUAACAAUAAUAAUAAUAAUAAUAAAGAAGUAGAGAAAAAUAAUUCUUCUGCAGGUUCUAAUAGUUUUUCAAACAUAUUAUUAAAAAUAAUAAAAUAUAAAAAUGAUACAAAUAAUACAAAUAAUACAAAUAUUACAAAUAUUACAAAUAAUACAAAUAAUACAUAUAAUACAAAUAAUACAAAUGAUACAUAUGACAACGAUCAAUGUCAUAUAAAUAAAAAAAAUAUGAACGUAGAAUUAAAUAAAGACUUAGAUUAUGUGAAAAGACAAAUAAAUGUACCAAAUUCAAAACACAUCAUGAACAGCACCAAUAAUAAUGGUACAGGUGUCGAACAUAUGAGUGAUAUGUCCACAUUAAAUUGUAAUAAAAAAAAUAAUGACAUGUCCAUAAGAAUAUCCAAUCAAUAUAAUAAUGAAAAUAUAAAAAUGUAUACUAAUAAAAAUAUACCAUUACAUGGUGAUGAAUUUUUAAAAGAUAUUAAAAAUGGAAAAUAUAAUAUGAGUGAUAUGAAUAUAACAAAAGAUAUGAUGAUAAAUAAUAUGAAGAAUAAUAUGAUAUUAAAUCAUGUUUUAAAAAAUAAUGAUAUGAAAAAUAAUACUAUAGGAGAAGAUAAUAAUAAUAAUAUGUUUAAUACAUCGAAUAUUAAUGAUAUACAAAGUAUUAAUACACUUAAUAAUCUCAUAUUAGAAAAUGCUUUAUUAAGAAACGAAUUACCAAUAUAUCAAAGUAAAGGCAAAGACAAUGAAAAUGCAACCAGCAGAAAUAACACAAAUGAUAACAUGAAUAGUAUUAAUAGUAUGAACAACGUACAUAAUAAUGUGGCGUCCAACGAAAAUUUAAUAAACAUAUUUAAAAAAAUGUUGCCACAUGCUAAAGUUAAUAUUGUAGGGAAUAACAGAAAUUCGACGAAGAGCCUUGAUUCUUAUAAUAUGUAUGACACACAAAACAACUCAAGUUUGAAUAGGGAAACACAUCAAAGUUUUAAGAGACAUGAUAGUUUUAAUCAUCCUUAUAAAGAAGGUAAUAAUAAUAACAAUAACAAUAAUAAUAAUAAUAAUAAUAAUAAUAAUAAAAAUAUGUUUAAUGAAUAUGCAAAAGAACAUUUAAUAAAAGAAAUGAUUUUAAAAAAAUAUCUUAUGAAUAAUAAAGAAUAUGAUACUAUUAAUAAUUUUAGUUUAAAUAAAAUUGAUGAUAUACAAUCUAUACAGAGCAAGGUACAAAUUAAUAACAAAUCUAAUGUUGAUGGUGUUAAUAAUAAUAAUGUUGAUAAUGUGGAUUAUAUGAAUAAUCAACAAUAUAACAUGCCACAGAACCUAAAAAAUCAACUUGAUAAUUUAGACUUUUUUGAAUUAUUAAAAUGUUAUCAUUCUUUAAAUAUACAACAAAUUCAAAUCAAAUUAUAUUGGAUAUAUUACAAAAUACAAAUGUUUGAACAAAGUAAUUUAUUAUCAUGUGAUAAUAAAGAUAAGAAAAUAUUAUAUAAAUUAAAAGAAAUUAGACAUAUAUUAGAAUAUACAAAUCAUUUAUUAAAAGAUCAUUUUAUAAAAAAUAAAGAAAAAUAUCAAUCCUUAUUACAACAAUUUAUAAUCAUAUUAAAACAUCAUGAUAAUUUAUAUCUACAGAAAAGAGAGAAACUUAUAACAGACCAUUAUGAUAAACAAAAUGUUGUACAUUUUAUUUGUAACAUAGAAAAAUUCAUAGAAAAAAAUAUGAAUUUAACGGAUAAUUUUAUAUCUUCAAAUUUAAAUUUUAUACCUUCCAAAACAAUUAAUAAUAAAUUAGGAAGAACAAAUAGUGUUAUUUAUGAAAAUAAAAACAAUAUAAAAAAUAAUGAUCAUCAUACAAGAGGAAGCCAAAAAAUAACAGAUAAUUAUAAUAAUAUCGAUAUAAACAAAAUAAAUCAUAAUAAAUAUGUACAAAAUAAAUAUAAUGAUCACAAUGUAUCGAAUAAUUAUAUUUAUCAUCAAAAUGAUGCUAAUAAUAACAUGAACCAUUUAAAUCAAAAUCUGGAAUUUCAAAAAAAAUUUAUUCUUCAUAAAAUGAAUGAUUAUUUUAAAAAUAUUAAUGCUACAAACGAACAAAAGAACAUUUUUUUAAACAAAAUGAAUUUAACCGAAGAACAAAAAAUGUUUUUCUUAAAACAACUAAAUAUAAAAGAUGAAGAAUUCAUAGAACCUAAUAAUACGAAACAGCCAUUCGUAAACUGCCUUAAUAAUAAUAAUAAUAAAAUAAAAAAUAUAGACGAAAAAGAAAAAAAAGACAAAACAAACAAAACAAACAAAACAAAUCAAACAAAUCAAACAAAUCAAACAAAUCAAACAAAUCAAACAAACAAAAAAGGAGGGGAUACUUAUAUUGAUAGUGCUUACUCUAGAUCAAGUUAUUUUUGUAUAAACGAUCCAAAUGCUGAUAAGAAUAAAGAGAAUAUAAAACAAAAUAAUGAAAAGACUGAUCAUAAUGAAGAUGCUAUAGGCGGCUCUCCUUUGUUGAAUCUUAUAAAUAAAUCCCAUGGGCAAAGAGUUGAAAAUAAUAUUAAUAGUAUGAUGAACAAUUUAAACCAUAUAAACCUAAUGAACAACAUGAACUAUUUUAAUAAUCGAGCUGACGAUAACCAAGGUGUAGAAAAUGAACAAUCAAAAUGGUUAUCGCAGAAGAAUGUUCUACUUAAUAUUUUAAAAAACCAAAAAAAAUUAAAAGACGACAACAAUGUAGUUGUGCCAAACUUAAAUGAAGAAAAUUAUAUGAAAAAUAUAAAAAACGAGUUAAACAAAGAUAUUAACACUUUUCAAUUUAAUAAUAUCCCCGAAAAUAUUUCAGAAAAAUUAAAAAAUAUAAUUCAUAUGAAUAAUAAGGAUGGAAAAGAUUUACAAAACCAUCAAGCAGAUUUAAUAAAUUAUAUUUACCAAAAUAAACAAAUGGAUGGUGUUAUACACUCUUAUACAAAUUGUAAUGAUAUUAAUGAACAAGCAAAAAUGAACCUGAAUCAAACAAAAGAUAAAUUGAAGAAUAUAAGUAAUCUUAGUACACAUUCAGGAAAAUUAGAAGAACAAAAUAAUACACAUUUACAACAUCUCUACUCACAACAACAAAGAAAUUUACGAAAUCUAAUGAACACAAAUGAAGGGGACACAAAUAUACCUAAUGUUACUCAAAAUAAAAAUCAUAUAAAUAGUAAUACGUCCUUUUUGAACACUGGAAAUGAUGAAAAUAAUAAUAGAAAUGUGAAUGAAUUUAUUCGUAUCAUGAAUAAUGAAUGUAUGUCAAAUUUACAAAAAAAAAAUGUAAACAACAACAAUCCAUUAAAUAAUAAUAACAACAAUAGUAAUAAUAAUAAAACAUUAGUAGGAAUGAAAAAUAUUGUAGAGGAAAAAAAACAAACAAUUAUAAAUAAUGAUACAAAUAUAAUAUCAAACCAUUUUUUAACAAAUGAACAUCAAGGUAAAGGUGAUACUACUAAAACAUUUUAUAUAAAUAAGAAGAAUCAAAACGUAUUAUCUCAAUCCUUAAAUAAUCAAACUGGUGUUGUUAACAAAGGAAUUUCAAAUAAACAUAAAACAAACAAUAUUGUAAGUAAUAAAAGUUUGAAUAAUUCAUUAGAUAAAAAAAAUGUACAACAAAGCAAUAUGCUAGAUUUAGAAGAUACCAAAAGACCAGAUGCUCUAAGGGAUAAAUGUUGGCAAUAUGUGGAUCCUAAGGGGGUAGUUCAAGGUCCGUUUUAUUUAGAUGAAAUGCGUGUAUGGAGCGAAAUGGGAUAUUUCGAACCCAUGUUGCCUGUACGAUGUUGUGAUUCAGAUCGUUUCGUAGCUCUAAACAAACUCUUCCCACCUCCUUUAAAACCUUUUACUGUCGUCCCAAAACCUCAACCAGUAUUACAAUGGGAAGAAGAAUUGUUGUAA